AUGAAGUUUCUGUUGACCACAACCAUCGCCGCCCUGGCCGGCCUUGUUGCCGCCUCGCCCACACCCACAGUCAACAUCGGCGGACAGCUCUACAAGCGUGCCAGCCCGAACGACGUUUGCGACAUCGGCUACGCCUCCACCAACGGCGGCACAACUGGAGGUGCGGGCGGAACGACCACAACCGUCACCAGCUUCGCCGAGUUCAGUGCCGCCGCCAAGGGUGACGACAAGAAGAUCAUCAUUGUCGACGGCAGCAUCAGCGGCUCUGGCUCCGUCAAGAUCGGCGCUAACACGAGCGUUCUCGGGAAGGCCGGUGCUUCCCUCACCGGCAUCAACCUUACCAUCAAGGGCGUCAAGAACGUCAUCGUCCGCAACUUGAAGCUCAGCAAGGUGGUGGGCGGCGACUGCAUCACCGUCCAGGAAGCCACCAACGUCUGGCUCGACCAUCUCGACCUGAGCGGCGACCUGAACGUCGACAAGGACUACUACGACGGUCUGAUCGACAUCACCCACGCCGCCGACUGGGUCACCGUCUCUAACACCCACUUCCACGACCAUUGGAAGGCUUCGCUGGUCGGCCACUCUGACAGCAACGCCGACGAGGACACGGGCAAGCUCCACGUCACGUACGCCAACAACAGGUGGACCAACAUCAGCAGCCGCACGCCCUCGAUCCGCUUCGGCACCGGUCACAUCUUCAACAACUACUACGACACCAUCACGACCUCGGGCGUCAACACGCGCAUGGGCGCCGUCGUGCUGGUCGAGUCGAGCGCCUUCGUCAACGCCAAGCGCGCCAUCACCUCGCUCGACUCGGACAUCGACGGCUCCGCCGCCGUCGUCGACGUCGACCUCGGCGGCUCCACCAACGACGCCCCCGUCGCCAACGCCGCCCCUUCCAUCCCCUACCGGUACUCCGUCGUCGGCUCCGCCAACGUCCGCGACGCCACCGCCAACAGCGGCGCCACUCUCGCCUUCUAA